AUGGAAAAAAUCAAAGUCUUCGAGCUUAGGAGCAAGACAGACGCAGAGCUGCUCAAGCAACUUGAGGAAUUAAAACAAGAAUACGCAUCUAUGCGUGUUCAAAAAGUCACCGUUACGUCGACUUCGAAACUUUCUCAAAUCGGUAUCAUCAGGAAGGCUAUUGCCAAAGUACUCACAGUCUACAACCAGCGUAAGCGGGAAGAGGCUAGAAAGCAAUACAGCAAACUCUCCAAGAUGCCACUAAAUCUCAGGCCUAAACUGACGAGAGCCAAGAGGAGAGCUCUUACAGCAAAGCAGCUCUAUCUGAAAACCCUGAAACAACGCAAGAGGUGUGAGAAUAUUCCCAAGCGGAAGUACGCUUUGUUGCCCUAA